CAGAACAGCUCAAUAUGGAUCCCCGUCCCAUUUCCUGGAUUGAAAUUAGGGUUCUCGCUUCAAAGGUUUCACCUUGAUGAUGGUGUAGGGAUGACGAUUCUGGACUUGAAAUGGAAUUUCUGUAGAGAAAGAAGAAGAAUUUGACUCCAAGAUGUGAUCUUUUCUUUUGGGGUUUCGGAAGACAUCAAUUUAGUUGUGCUUUUUGGAAUUUACGGUUGGUUAUUGCUUAAUGCAUCAAUUUCAGUUGGGAUUCUAGAUAUGUAGAGGUUAGAGCUAUCGGAAUGCAGAUGAUAGAUAUUUGCGGACGAAAUUCUGUCUGCCCUUUUGUUCAUAUUAGAUAUGUGUUCAGAUUAGAGCCUUGAGAAUGUAGAUGAUGCAAUUAUAGAGAAGUUAUGUCAUAUCUGCAGUUCAGUGUGAUAGUUGUUCAUAGACAGUGUUUGAGUAUUUGAGCAUGUACCAAUGUGGGCGAGGUAUCCGCCUUCUAAGUUCAGCUUCAACGAGCAGCAGGAGCCUCUGGGAUCCGACUGUUGCCCUUGAACUCUAUCACCCGACUCUUGUAUUGCUGGAGAAAUGUCGUACGAGGUACCAUUUCAAACAGAUUUUGGGGCAGAUGAUGAGGACCUGUCUCAUUGGUCAAACAUUUCCCAUGAGCAGGCUCCUCACAUUCUCAGCCAUCUCGUACCCUGAUAAUUUAGACAUUGCAAUUCUCCUUUUCAAUCACUAUACUCCUUGUCCUAAUCUUUACAUAUACAAUUGCAUGAUCUCUGCCUUAUCUUUCUCGAAAAGUCAAUCAUUUGGCCUAUACAAGUCCAUGCUCUACUCUGAUAUAUACCCAGAUAAACACACCCUUCUUUACUUACUCCGAGCAUCCAAGUAUGCAUCAGAUGCAAAGCAAAUUCACUGUCAUGCCAUUGUUACCGGUUUGUUGUCACAUGGAUACUUGCAAAACAGCCUCAUCAAGAUGUAUCUGGAGAAAGGACAAAUGGAGCUAGCUCGCCAGGUUUUCCAUGAUCUGCCAACACCAGAUAGGGUCUCAUUUAAUAUCAUGAUCGUUGGUUAUGCUAAGAAGGGAUAUUGUUUAGAAGCUCUACAACUUUUCUAUGAAAUGAUGGAUUUGGGUCUUAAACCGGAUGACUUUACCAUUCUAGGACUUCUUAUCUCUUGUGGAGUAUUAGGAGAUGCUCGAAUGGGAAUAUCUGUACAUGCAUGGAUUGAGAGGAGGAAAACCAUUACUUCUUCAAAUUUGAUCUUGGGUAACGCUCUUUUAGACAUGUAUGUGAAGUUCAAUAAACUGGAGACUGCCUGUAAUAUUUUUUAUGCUUUAGUGGAGAAAGAUAUUGUUUCGUGGAACACCAUGAUUGCAGGGUAUGCUAAGGUUGGCAAUUUAGAACUUGCCCACAAUUUUUUCAAGCAAAUGCCUAGAAGAGAUCUUGUUUCUUGGAAUUCGUUGAUUUCUGGCUAUGCCAAGAGGGGUGAUUAUGAGAAGGCAAUUAAGGUAGUCCACGAUAUGGUAGCAGAGAACGUGAGGCCUGAUAAUAUCACUUUGGUUAAUUUGGUCUCUGCUGCUGCAGAAAUUGGAGCACUGGACCAAGGUAAAUGGAUGCAUGGCUUGAUUUUGAGAAUGCAGAUGAAAAUAGAUGCAUUUUUGGGUUCUGCAUUAAUAGACAUGUACUGCAAGGCUGGAAGCAUAGAAAGAGCAUUCUUGGUUUUCAGGGGAUUGACAGUGAAAGAUGUGACCGUAUGGACAACAAUGAUCACUGGAUUUGCAUUUCAUGGUCAUGGAAGGAAAGCUCUGGAUCUGUUUUCUGAGAUGCAGAGAUUUCUAUUGCCGAAUGUGGUGACUCUUGUUGCCGCUCUUACAGCUUGUAGUCAUAGUGGACUUGUGGAAGAAGGGCUCAGCAUAUUCAACAAUAUGAAGAAAAAGUUUGAUAUUGAGCCCGGGAUUGAGCACUAUGGCUGUUUAGUGGAUCUUUUAGGUCGAUCAGGGAGGUUGGUAGAGGCCAAAGAUGUGAUUGAAAAGAUGCCAAUAAAACCAAGUCGAAACAUCUGGGGAGCAAUGCUGAGUGCUUGUAGAGCUCAUAGAAACAUGGAACUAGCCGAAAUAGCUUCCACAGAGCUACUCAAGUUAGAGCCUGAGAAAGAAGGUGGAUAUAUAUUGUUAUCCAACAUAUACGCUGCCUGCGGGAGGUGGAGCUCCUCGGAUAAGAUUAGAGAAAUCAUGGAAAUAAGAGGAGUGAAGAAGACUGCAGGUUGCAGUAGCGUAGUUAUUGAUGGAGUUAUCCAUGACUUUGUUGCUGCGGAUAAGCAGCAUCCAAGGUGGGAAGAGAUCUUUCUUAUUUUGCAGUGUCUGAAAAGUGAAAUGAAGCUAGAUGAUACUAGUUUCUCCAAUUUUGAGCUUUGUUUCCAAGGUGGGAAACCAAUGUUACUAGACUAGUGUGAUUUUUUAUUGUUUAGUUUUUAGUUUUGAUUCUUAUUUUGAGCUUGAUGUAGAAGCACAAGUAUUCUGUGCUAGUUAUGUAUGGCAUCAAACAAGAAAUGUUGCACUUCCCAAUGGGUAAGAUUUUAUAUGUAGAUUCUGAAGGUUCAAGUUCUUCGCCGAAAUUUGGCGUUUCAGGAUUUUUCAGAUUUUUUCUCCUUUCAAGAGUUUGAAUUCAUUUUACGAAACCCGUGAUCCAGAAGGGAAAAAGAAAAUGACGAACUGCUGAUUCAAUUUACUAAACUAACUGUUAGAAGUUGUAAAACAAGACAGCGGAUUGUGCCUACAGUUUGUAGGUAUCCAUUAGUACUGACCUACUCCAGCAAAACAAAACUUUACCAAGUGUAUUUACAACGACAGACAAUAAUCUAAUCCAAUGUUCCUAAUUAUCAGAAAAAGAUCCAAAAUAUUGUACAACCCAUGUAUCAGAAUAUUCAUAUCAGCUAAUAAGAGUUGAAGGUCCAUCACACCACAACCUCUGCGCUAACCCUGCAACUGCAUCAUUCUACAAGACCGCUAUAUCCCAGUAAAUUCUCCAGGCACCAUUCAAGCAUUCUGCACAUAUAUAUCCUACAGCUACUAUCACUACAAGUUUCA